AUGUCAUCUUCGGAAGUUACUGGCAAAGAGCGAGCGUUCGCCGCUGCUGCUGCGGCAUCGGCAACGCCUCCAUCGACUCCACGUCGUCAGAGUACAAAUGCUGACGAAGUCGAUACGAAAUUAACCUUGCCCAAAGCAGCAUAUUAUGUCAUAUUUGUCGAAGGCUGUGAACGUUUCUGUUUUUACGGUCUUAAAACGAUCUUACUCCUCUAUUUUAUGCAUUACUUACUGUUAAGCAAAGACACCGCAACAUCUUACUAUCACUUAUUUUCUUUUGCAUGUUACUUCACCCCGACUAUUGGGGCUAUUAUAUCCGAUGGUUAUAUUGGUCGUUAUUCAACGAUUUUAUAUUUAUCAGUUGUUUAUUUAAUCGGAUCAAUUAUUUUAACAUUGACGGCAAUACCAUCUGUAGGUCAUCAGCACUUAGUAGGGCCAUUAAUUGGUUUGUCCCUUAUUGCAUUAGGAACAGGUGGAAUAAAACCGUGCGUAAGUGCCUUCGGAGCUGAUCAAAUCUCAAUGACUAAUCCAAAACAGUUAAACCGGUAUUUUGCUUUCUUCUAUUUUGCAAUCAAUACCGGCUCGUUAGUAUCAACCUUACUCACGCCUCUACUUCGAAGUAAAUUUAGGUGCUUUGGCUAUGAUUGUUAUUCAUUAGCAUUCGGUAUUCCGGCAUUAUUGAUGCUAAUUUCAAUAAUCAUAUUUAUUCUGGGCACGCCAUUAUAUAAACGUGUGCCGCCAAAAGAAAACAUCAUCGUCAAAUUCAUCGCCAUUAACUUACACGCAAUACGUAAUGCAGCAUUUGGCCCAUCAGCAGGACCAAAAGAACAUUGGCUUUAUCAUGCAAAUGACAGAUAUAGUGCCGAUGAUAUCGAAGAUGUUCGUUGCGUUCUUCGAGUAUUCCUUUUGUUCACGCCAAUUCCAAUCUUCUACGCUUUAUUUGAUCAAUCUGGUUCACGUUGGACUUAUCAAGCAACAUUGAUGAAUGGAAGUCUCGGACCUUUCGGCACAAUUCAACCAGAUCAAAUGCAAGCAAUGAAUAGUUUCUUCGUACUUCUAUUCAUUCCAAUGUUUGAAGAAAUAAUUUAUCCGGCAUUCGCUCGGUGCAACUUAUUGAUAAAGCCACUACAACGAAUGUUUGUUGGAAUGCUCGUUAUGGUUUUUGCUUUUAUUGUCGCAGCAAUUCUUCAAAGUUCAAUUCAAUCAAAAUCAAGUGCAAUGCCAGUUCGCCAUCAAACAAGUCUUUUCAACGGCUAUAAUUGCACAAUUAAUAUUAAUAAUAUGCAAUCUAUCGAGCCCGGAAAAACGUCUUAUAUUCCGUGUACAAAAUUACUUGUUGAAGGAGUCACUUUUACCUCCACAUGUCAUUCAGCGGAUAUUUCUUUUAAAUUAAACCCAGACGAACUUUGUCCAUCAGUUCUAGUCCUGUCUGAGAUCGAUGACGAAGAACGCGGCAAAGUUCUAGGAGUGACGGCAUUAGCAAAUUCAAUAGCCAGCCAACGUGGUGUUAAUGGAUCUGCUCUUUUACGUGUGGUUACAUUGGAUGGGAAACAAUCGGAUGUUGAAACCGUUCCGAAUAAAUAUAGUUUUAAAAUGAGCAAAAAGCUAUUACCGACAAACUAUCAAUCAGUUCUGCCAACAAAUUACGAAAUUAAAAACUUAGCUACUCAACAAAUAAGUGCUGAAAAUUUUGAUGCACAUCCAACAGCUGUUUAUACAGUACUUCUUCAUAAUUCAAACAACGAUCAACUACAUGCUACAGUAUUCGAAGACGUUCCGCCAUUUACUAUACAUAUUCUUUGGCAAACUAUUCAAUAUGUGCUGAUGACGAGCGCAGAAAUCCUUGUCAGUAUCACAGGUCUUGUGUUCGCUUAUUCACAAGCACCGAGACGUUACAAAACGGUGAUUAUGUCGGCUUGGUUAUUGACGACGGCAGUUGGCGACUUAAUCGUUGUUUUCGUUGCUGAAGUUCACUUUGUUCAGGAUCAAGUCGUCGAAUUCGUCUUCUUCGCAAUCUUAAUGGCAUUUGGAGCGUUUGUUUUCGGUGCUUUAGCUAUUCGUUAUACAUAUUAUCGAGCCCGACACGAUAAUUCUGAAGAUCAACAAUUAAUUCUCGACAAAACUGCUUUUGAACCAGAGCAAACCAUCGAAUAA